AUGCCGCCAAAGAGCACCAGAAAGCGGGCGCAGCGCAGUCGCGCCCAUAGAUCUCAGGCACAAGGCAGCCGCAGCGGCGCACCGUCACACACGACUCGCCCUGGCAACGCCCGACGCGGGCCCAGCGACGCAGACGCCGCGCCCGCUGCCGAGCCCCUCGAGCUCGACUACGGCACUUCAGAGGCCAAUCCCAUCACCCUCGAUUCUGACUCCGACGACGACGACAAGGGGCUCAGGGACGCUGAACGCAGCGCAAGCCCCGUCAGGGACGGCAGCGACAGCAGCGACAGCAGCAGCCACGAGAGCAUCGAUGAGCUCGAAUCCGACUCUGCCUCAGAGGUCGCCUCGCCAAGAUCGAACAAUGCCUCUGAGCCGAAUCAGAUCGAAACAGCUGCUGUCGGCUCUGGUCUGGUGCGCCGCAGCACGACCUCCCCCCAGGCGCAGCAGUCCAAUCGCCAGGGCCAGGACGUCAAGCCGUCAGCGGCAGGCGAGCUCGGCGCAGGGACACGUCUCAGCCCGUCUGCGUCCGCCACGGCCAAGCUUUCGACCAGCGAGCCCGAGGAGGGCGAAGUCUCCGAAGGCGACGCCGAGCCUGAGCCGGAGCCAUCGACCGGCUGGGAGCUCUCAUCCCCGCCUCGACCUGCACGCCGCACCCCGUCUCCUCGACCAGGCAAGAGCGAUCCCAAAGCCGGUCCGCACAGUCAGCGCAGCCAGUCCGGCGAGCCUCGGGCGUCGUCCCGUCCCGCUCCGAAUGCCAACGAGUGGAGUCACUACGAGUCUCACGCCGCCAGCACGCCCCAGUCCGCGAUGGACCCGGAUGCCCGGUACUAUGACUGGCCCACACCCGCCUCGUCGAGGUACGCGGAGCCCUAUCCUGGGCCUGAUGGCUACGAGGGCUCGUACGACUCGGCCGGCUACGGUCGCCAAGACUGGCAUCGGCACGACCGCGUCUACGACGGCUGGCACGAGCCACAGCACGCCUACUACCCUCCUCAUCCGCCUCACCCUGCGUACAACGACGCUGCCUACGGCUACCCGGAGCGGCCUGCGCCCUCUGACUAUCCCUACCCCGCCGAAGCCGCGGGCCCGUAUCCGUCCUCGAGUCGUCAGCACCUGUCUGCGCACGCAGAGCCUUACUAUCCGUGGGCGCACCGGUCACACCUUCCUGCACCCGGCUACCCAGAGCUGCAUCGUCGCCCGGACCCGGCGCCUCCGCCGGAUUCCAGACUGAAGCGCAAGGCCACCGGCAUGGAUGGUUACGGCGAUUCUGCCUCUUCCCGCAAUGCGCUUCCGGAGCCGCCGGCCAAGCUGCUGAAGCGCAAGACGUCCGCCCUACGGUCCGGCGAGGCUGCUGCGACGGCGAGGCCAUCAACUCCAUCGGCGCCCAAAGCGGGCCCGUUAGAUUCGACAGGCCGCGAGGUUCCCGGCAUGCAGCGAGAGUCUCGCCCCAAAGCGCCUCCGAGAAUCUGGACCGACAAGGAGAGGCAAGAGGCGCUGGAGCUCGUGGCCAAGCUGGCGGCCUGCGGCAUGUCACCAAGCAAGCUGGUCGAGGAAGGCGUCAAUGCCCAGAUCGUUCGCGCCUGUUGCACGGAGCUCGGCAUCGCCUUUGAGGGCGGCGACGACGCUUCUGGAGCACCAAGGCAAGUCGAUCAGGUCUUGGAGGGCGCCCUCCCGCCAUGUGUGCAACCGCCGCCGCCGUCAGGGACCUCGGGCAGCGUCGAUGACGUCGUCCCAGCCGGUGCUCCCUGCCCGGACUCGCAGACCACUGCAGCAGACCGUGCCCAGGAGCUGAGGCAGGCCGCCCUCGCGACGCUGCGGCGGAAGGUCAUCGCCUCGAGGGCGGCCUCUGUCCGAAAGGAGGUCGAGCAGAACCCCGACGGCCGGAUGGCGGCGGUCAACAAGCUGCUGCAGCAAGCGCAGCAGAACGCCAUGCUCAGCAGCGACAGCGGCGAUCGAUCCAGCCCGCCCUACGAGCCGCCGGAGCCCGAGGCCGAGUCCGAGCAGGAGGCAGGGAACGCCUCUGUGCCCGCUCCAUCCGCCGACGUCGUCGUCGGCCGGGCGGACGAGCACGACGAGUCAGGCGAUGACAUGGCCCUCGACACUUCUAGCUCCGAGGCGGAUCCGUCGGAACAGAUCGGGGCCGGUCCGAGCAAACCUCGAGCCUAUCGCGACGUCGACCGUCCUGCCAAUGGCGCCAUAGACGAGCUUGGCUUUGCUCCGCACGCUGCGACGCCAGCACGGAGGCAGCAAAUCUCCUACGCUGACACCUUCUCUCGCAGGCCCGACACCCCUGCUGGCGAAGUCGACCUGGAUGCCCCUCUGCCGACGCUGGCGCCGCCGCCACCACCGCCGCCCAGCGACUACGGGCAGUACGGGCAAGGUGCGAUGCAGCAGCCAUACUGGGGCUAUGGUGCACCCGACGCAGGCGCUCAGCCGCCCUCUUACGGAUAUGCGCCUGGGGUACCGCUCUGGCAACCGUCUGGCCCCCGGGCAGACAUGCAGCCCAAUGGCCAGAGGCGGCGUCGGCCUGUGGCGGCAGAUUUUGAGGGGCCUGCUCUGGCGUCGUACCCCUUCGACUCAGUGGCACGUCGCACCCAGUUCGUACGCCAGCCGUUCCGGGUGAGGCUCGUCAUCGACCUCUCCGACGACGACGGAGACGAAGACCACGACGACAACGGCGAGGACACGGGAGACGCCUCGGCUGGCCAGGUCGCGCUGCCUGUCAAUGGCAGUCGGCCCCUUUCGAGGGCCUCUAUUCGACGACAGACGGCCGAGGCGAUGCACGCCCUGUACCUGACUGAUCGCGGCCUGCCAGUUCCGGGCCCGUCGACGCCGCAGCCGCAACUGCAGCCGCAGGCACAGCCGGCGAGGCCCCCGCUUUCGACCACCGCUUCGUUCAGCGCCAACGCACCGCCCAACCGCGAGGGGAGCCAGUCUGCGGCUUCGACGCCGAAAGUCGACGUGGCCAAUGGCGAGCUGCUCAAGAAGGAGCAGGACAUCAAGCUGCUGCUGCAGCGGAUCCGGGCGCUCGAAAGGAGGAAAAACACCAGCGAUGCCGGCACGCCCGGCCCGGCAGAGUCGACCCCCGCCUCCGCCUCCGUUUCUGGGCCCGCCACGCCAGACGAUCGGGCGCAGACACGAACAGAGUCGCCGACUCGCGAUCGCUCACCGGUCCCCGUGGCCAGCGCUCAGGACCAUCAUGCCGCCGCCGCCGCCAGUCCCGUCACAUUGGCCGUCGCCUCACCGCAGCCGCCAGCCGACGCUCCUCCGAAGGUUCUCAAGCUCGACCCCAAGCUCCGACUGCAGCGCGAGAAGCUCCUAGCCUCGCUGAAGCAGAAAAAGGCCGCCGUCGAAGCUUCAAAGGGGCGCGACGAGAUCGGAACACCAAAUGCCGCUCCAGCUCCGCCUGCCAGGCACCGCGAAACAGCGUCACCCUCGACAACCCACACGAGCGCCGUCUGUUCGCCAGUCAACGGCGAUGCCCGCAACGCGGGCGCUCUUUCCCAUUCUCCCCCCGCGCAGCUCGAGCCCUCAACAUCCUCGACGAUCGCGGCAGGCAGCAUCCCGGCGCCGAAAGAGGACAAUGCUGCGACCCUCGCCGACACGCCGCCCAUCACAGCAACAGGCGCUGCCGAAGUAUCCUCACAGGACCAACCAAAUCGCUUGCUCCCGCCAUCGGCGCCCGCCCAGACGUCAGACCUCGAGCCAGUUGUCGCGACAUCGCCGGCCGCCUACACUUCGACCCUAUUGCAGAACAUGACCGAGCGUUUCAAGACUUACAUUUCUCCCUUUGCACGCUUCCCGAGUUUCCGAUCGCUCUCCGGUGCUAGGCCCAACGAGGCCGCCGCUGAGCCUGUGGCCGCCGCGCAGUCCGACUCGUCCGGCCUUCCGACCGCGAAGAGGUGGUGCACGACCGAAGCCGGAGGCGCGACCUGUGACGUCGAAGGCUGCCGCAUGGCCCACGUCCGAGACUACGUCAACGCAUCGGCCGUCGAGCCGCACGACAGCGGGUCCUCCUAG